AUGUAUUAUUCCGAGACUUUAAAGUUACCGAAAACAGAUCCCACAAGAUGGAGGUUAAACACCGAUAAAUAUGGACGUGAAUCAUGGCAAUAUCUUUCUACUGACGAAGAAGUUAAAUCCAAGCCGCAGGCUACUAGUUAUGUCAAGUACUUGUUGCAAUUGGAGGACUUUGAAGGACCUACACCUGAGGAUAUCAAUACUCCCUAUGAAGCAUGUGUUAAGGGAGCCGAAUUCUACCUGUUGUUACAAGAUGAGAAUAGCGGGAUGUUCCCAUGUCAAUACAAAGGUCCGAUGUUUAUGACCAUUGGAUUUGUGGUGGCGCAUUAUGUUUCUAAGACGCCAAUUCCCGAGCCUCAAAGAAUAGAAAUGAUUCGAUACAUUGUUAACACUGCUCAUCCAGUAGAUGGAGGUUGGGGUUUACACUCGGUAGACAAAUCAACGUGUUACGGAACAACCAUGAACUAUAUUGCGUUAAGACUAUUGGGAAUGCUGCCAGAUCAUGAGGUGCUUGUUAAAGCCAGAAAGACGUUACAUCGUUUAGGCGGUGCCAUAAAGAAUCCUCAUUGGGGUAAAGCAUGGCUCUCGAUAUUGAAUUUAUAUGAUUGGGAGGGAGUAAAUCCUGCACCACCUGAACUCUGGUUAAUGCCUUAUAGUGUUCCAUUGCAUCCAGCAAGAUGGUGGGUUCACACUAGAGCUAUUUAUUUACCCUUGGGGUAUUUGGCAGCUAACAAAUUCCAAUGUAAAUUGGACGAUCUAUUACUGAGUAUAAGAGAUGAAAUAUAUUUAUCUCAUCAAUUGCCUUACGAUACCAUAGACUUUUCCAAACACAGAAACAACGUAUGUGGAGUUGAUUUAUAUUAUCCCCAUUCUAAAGUAUUAGACACUGCCAAUUGGUUUUUGGUGAAAUAUGAAAAGUACUUGCGUCCCACCAGUUUCCUUAAGAACACUUUGAAUCCUCGGAUAUACGAUUUGAUCAAAAAGGAAUGUUUGAAUACAGAUUAUUUAACAAUUGCACCUGUUAGCUAUGCAUUUGAUAUGAUUGUGUGUUUCAUAGAAGAAGGCAAAGAUUCAGAAGCUUUUCAAAAGUUUUCCGACAGACUGAAAGAUGUGCUCUUCCAUGGCCCUCAGGGGAUGACGGUUAUGGGAACAAACGGGACCCAAGUUUGGGAUACGGCGUUUAUGAUUCAAUAUUAUUACCUUAGUGGUUUGAACAAGUUGUCUAAAUUCCAUAAGACGAUUGAGAGAGCAUUUAGAUUCCUUGUUAACUCUCAGUUUACCGAAGAUUGUGUUGAUGGAUCUUUCAGAGAUAAGAGGAAGGGAGCAUGGCCGUUUUCAACAAAGAUUCAAGGUUAUACCGUGAGUGAUUGUACAGCUGAGGCUUUAAAGGCAGUCAUUAUGGUUAGAGAUGAUCCACAAUUUGCUCACAUACGGAAUUUAAUCUCCGAUAAAAGCUUAUUCGACGGUAUUAAUGUUUUAUUAGGACUUCAAAACCUCGGGCGUCAUGAAUUUGGUUCCUUUUCAACUUACGAGAACAUUAGAGCACCUCUUUUAUUAGAGGCUUUAAACCCGGCAGAAGUUUUCAGCAAUAUUAUGGUUGAAUACCCAUAUGUGGAAUGUACCGAUUCCUGCGUCUUAGGUUUGACAUACUUCCAUGAGUCAUAUCCCGAACACCGAUCAGAAGAGAUUCGUUAUAGUAUUGAUAACGCUAUUAAGUACAUUAAGUCAGUCCAAAAUAAGAAUGAUGGUUCAUGGUAUGGUUGCUGGGGAGUUUGCUUUACUUACGCACUGAUGUUUGCCUUAGAAGCUUUAAGCACCGUAGGUCUUUCAUAUACCAAUUCUGAAAGUGUCCGUCGUGGUUGCGAUUUCCUUAUUUCAAAGCAAAGACCAGAUGGGGGUUGGUCCGAAACCAUGAAGGCUUGUGAAACCCAUACAUAUGUCAAUGGGCCAGAUUCAUAUGUGGUACAAACAGCAUGGGCCUUAAUUGGUCUUAUUCUUGCAGAUUAUCCUAAUAAAAACCCAAUUAAAAAGGGGAUCCAAUUACUAAUGAAACGACAGUUUCCCACCGGGGAAUGGAAAUACGAAAGUAUUGAAGGGGUGUUUAAUCACAGUUGUGCCAUUGAGUAUCCUUCUUACAAAUUUUUAUUUCCCAUUAAGGCAUUGGGAUUAUACGCUAGCAAAUAUGGGAAUGAUACUGUCUAUUGA